UGGGAAUUUUCGUCUGUCACUAUCACUGCUGACUUGGUUGAUCUGAUUAAUUUCAAUAACAAAAUUCUCCUCCGAAAUUCUCAAUUUCAUCACUUGCUCUGCAAAAAAACAAUUGCUAGAGAGCAACAAUUUUUGAGCACCAAAAUCUUUUUCAGAUGAGUGCUACUACUGCAACAUUCACUCCAGUAGCAUUUAGCAACAACAACAAUCCUUACAAUCCAAUAUGGAGAAAAGUACCCAAUUCACUACCAAAUCCAAUAUGGACAACUUCCACUACUACAAACUGCAAGCUCUCCAACAGUUCCUUUAUUUCACGAGCAACUUCUUCAUCGUCAAGCCCUGAAACUGAAAACGAAAAGAAAAACAAGAAGAAGAAAAAAAAAGUAGUAAUUGAAAACGAAGAGCUAAAGCAAGAACCAGAGCCGGAACCAGAACAAGAGCAACAACAAGAGUUACAUUCAUCUUCAGUUUCAGUUAUAAAGAGAUUGGAUGAUGUGAACCCAGUAGGAUUAGGGAGACGUUCGCGUCAAAUGUUCGAUGAAGUGUGGCGUAAGUUUUCGGGAUUAGGGCAGAUUUCGAGAACAAUCCGUUCUGAUGAUGAGAGUACUCUGCUUAUUAGGGAAGGUGGGCCCAUGUGUGAAUUUGCAAUUCCUGGUGCUCAGAAUACUACUGUCCUUGUUGUUGGUGCGACUAGCCGUGUUGGUAGAAUUGUUGUGCGCAAACUCAUGCUAAGGGGUUACACUGUCAAGGCUUUAGUAAGGAAAGCUGAUCCGGAUGUGGUUGACAUGUUACCAAGAUCCGUGGAGUUGGUGACAGGGGACGUUGGUGAUCCUUCUAGUCUAAAAGAUGCAGUGCAAGGCUGCAGCAAAAUCAUCUAUUGUGCCACUGCUCGUUCUUCAAUCACGGGUGAUCUCAUCAGAGUUGAUCAUCAAGGGGUUUACAAUCUAACCAAAGCUUUGCAGGACUACAAUAAUAAACUAGCACAGCAACGCGCCGGGAAGAGUAGCAAAAGCAAGCUUUUAAUUGCAAAAUUCAAGUCUGAAGAUUCAUUGAACGGGUGGGAAGUCCGUCAAGGGACAUAUUUCCAGGAUGUGGUUGCUUCUAAGUAUGAUGGAGGAAUGGAUGCCACGUUUGAGUUUACUGAAAGCGGAGAGACUAUUUUUUCAGGAUAUGUUUUCACAAGAGGAGGCUAUGUUGAAUUGUCAAGAAAACUGUCACUUCCUUUAGGUUAUACUCUUGACAGGUACGAGGGUCUAGUAUUCUCUGUUGGUGGGAAUGGGAGAUCUUAUGUUGUAAUUCUUGAAGCUGGUCCUUCAGCAGAUACAACCCAAAGCAAACUGUAUUUUGCCAGAAUUAGCACAAAAGCAGGAUUUUGCAGGGUGAGAGUUCCAUUUUCCUCGUUUCGGCCGGUGAGUCCAGACGAUCCACCACUGGAUCCAUUCCUUGUUCAUACCUUGACCAUACGCUUUGAGCCUAGAAGACAGAGGCCAAUUGAUGGACCUAGUGGGGUGAACCAAGAUUUGAGAAGCUUUCAGCUAAUUAUGGAAUAUAUUAAAGCUUUGCCUACUGGGCAAGAAACUGACUUUGUCUUAGUAUCAUGUACGGGGUCGGGAAUAGAGCCUACAAGACGGGAGCAAGUUUUGCGAGCCAAGAGGGCCGGUGAAGAUUCAUUAAGGAGGUCUGGCCUUGGAUACACAAUAAUUCGCCCAGGUCCCCUGAUGGAAGAACCAGGUGGUCAACGCGCGCUCAUAUUCGAUCAAGGAAAUCGUAUAUCCCAGGGAAUCAGUUGUGCUGAUGUGGCUGACAUAUGUGUGAAGGCAUUGCAUGAUUCGACAGCCAGAAACAAGAGCUUUGAUGUAUGUUAUGAAUACGUAGCUGAACCCGGGAAGGAGCUGUACGAGUUGGUUGCACAUUUACCUGACAAAGCAAACAACUAUUUAACACCAGCACUCUCAGUACUGGAGAAAAACACAUGAUCCUGCUCGAAGUUUGUUCAAGUUACAAUCUUCAUUCAAUCUCUAACAGAAGGUAUUGCUGCGAGACUUACCAAGAUCUUUUUGACUAUGAGGAAUAUUUUCUGUCUGUAUCAGUUCUCAAAUAUAUGUGUACAUAUAUAUUUAUGUAUAUGGCAAUAGUAUUUUUUUUCAUUUACCGAUGGCCGUGUAUAGAUUAAAAGCAAGCACUGCCAUAAGUUAUUUUGUUUACUGGAGAACACUCGUUACAAAGUGAAUAGCAGUCCAACAUAUUCAUCUUUCUCUUU